GUCGGGUCAUCUUUUCUGACAGCAUUACAAGUCGCCGCUUGACUACUCAACCAUGAGUUGAAUCUGCACUUCGCGUUCCAUAAACCCCGGAUUGCUCAUUGUAGACCUUGUAUAUUCAACGAACUGGAUCGUAAAUGGGCAGACCGAUGAUUAACGGCAGUCAAAUGGCGUUUAUGAUUCCACAUAGCGCUAGAUAUGAUUCCACAGAGCGCUAGAUAACCCCGGAUUCUGACACAGUUUGGUAAAAUUAUUGUCAGCUAUUGUUUCUGCUGGUCAACUUUACAGACUCUCAGACUACUUAUUAUCCAAGUUGUGAUAUGUUUUACGCGGUUUUAUUGUUGCACAGUCUUCAGUUAUAGUGUGGAUUGAAUUGAAUUCUUCGCGGGAAUCUCAAGGGGCAUCGCGGCACCCUACGUUUUGACUUCAUGAAACUCGAUGAUCAAUGGACUCCGUGUGCAUGUUGUUUGCGGCCUAACCACCAUUGCUCCAUGGAUUAGCUUUACGAAGAAAACAUAGACUUGGCAUGGAUUCGAUGGAGAAUUUGCGCGUGGUUCUAGCACUUGGAUUACUAACUCUUUCUGUUGGAUUAACCUUAGGAAAUACCGGUCCGCCUCAAAUAAAGAGAACCGCGAAUGAGAAAUUAAUUGAGGUCGGGAAAAAAGAGCUUAAACUGAAAUGUGCUGUCUUGAGUGAGAUAUCUACCAUCACAAAGUAUGUGUGGUAUAAAGACGGAAAGCAAGUAAUUCCAGACGCCUUCUCUAGAUUCAGUAUAAGACCCUAUCGACACCUAAAGAUAACGAACGUUAGCAAAUCAGACGCUGGACAUUACAUGUGCUGGGUGGAAAAUGAGUUUGGGCACACAAAUUUUACAAUCACAUUGGUUGUAGAAGACCCAACAAGACCCCCUGUGAACUGGAAUAACAGCAGAGCAGAACCGCCUCAGUUUAAAGACCUUUCAAAAAUGAACGAUAUUCAAAGAAAAUAUCAAGAGGGGAGCAAGGCUGAGCUCAUCUGCGAUGCCACAGGGUACCCACAGCCUGUGAUAGCAUGGUAUAAGGAUGGUUUGCAUUACCCUGGGCAACCAAAGCUAGGCCCUUUCGAUUACCGGCUAACCAUACAAGGGCUAAACCCUGAUAGUGCGGGGAAGUACAUGUGUAAUGUCACCAAUGCCUUUGGAUGGGAGAGCUACACAUACAGCAUUAAAGUCGAACCUGUCAUCCGUAUCGCACCACAAAUCAUUGACAUCACCACCAACUUCACGUUUACGGUGGGCCAGACAGCAGAACUCAUGUGCACGUGUUAUUUCAAUGCUCUAGACGACACCAUUGAAUUCAAGUGGCAUGCAAUCAGCGACAGUUAUCCAAACAGGACAAGCAAGUACGGAGAAGAGGUCGAACGCUCGAAAUACCGAUUCAACGGCGACAAUAAAGGCGAACCUGGGGAGAAGGAGUCCCUUGUUCGAACCGAGUUCUUUCUUGUCCUUAAAAACGUUACCAAAGCAGACGAGGGAAAAUACACGUGUGAAGCUGCCAACAAGAUUGGCCCAAAGUACCAAUCAACUUACCUGGUUAUUGAAGAUUUAGCCGUGCCAAAAAAGCCAUCAACCGUCACCCCGACCUCUAGAUCAACUGCGAUUCUAGCAACCGCCGCCCGAUCAAGCAAAGAACAAACUUUCGAGGUCACGAUGUCAGUGGUAGGCGUCGUCGUCUUCAUUGUUCUUCUCGUCUUCAUUUUCUGUAUUUGCCGCUUGCGAAAGCGCCAAAUCAAAGGCAAAAAUAGCGCCAACAUCGAAUACCACUGCGACAAGGAGACUACGAAUAUUACUAUGGAAACCACAAACGCGCACGCACCUCGCCGCACGCCAUCCACUUCAUCCACGAGCUCCGCCGUCGCACUGCUCCGACAGCGGAGCCUCCGGAACCGCUUGGACUCGCGGCUAACGCAUUUGAAUGAAGUAGAGAUUGAGUAUGAUGAGGAGUGGGAAUUCGACCGCACUUACCUCGUGAUCAGAGAAGUCCUCGGGGAGGGGGCGUUCGGCAAGGUGAUGCGCGCGGAGGCUUUUGGGUUACAUGGAAACUCUGCGUGUACGACCGUAGCCGUCAAGAUGCUCAAAGAGGACGCCACAGAGCAGGAGCUGUUCGAUCUCGUGUCUGAAAUGGAGGUGAUGAAGUCGAUUGGAAAACACAUCAACAUCAUCAACUUACUCGGGACUUGCACUCAGCACGGCCCUCUAUUCGUACUUGUUGAAUACGCACGUUGGGGCAACUUGCGACAAUUCUUGAGGGACCGGAGACCAGUCAAGGAUUAUGAUGACGUCAUGGAGCCUGCGGAGACGCUAACUUUGCUGAAUCUUAUGACGUUUUGUUACCAGAUAGCAAAAGGCAUGGAAUACCUUGCGUCCAGGAAGUGCAUCCAUCGUGACCUGGCAGCCCGUAAUAUUCUGGUCGCGGAUGACAAUAUACUGAAGAUCGCGGACUUUGGACUGGCACGCGACGUGCACAACGUGAAUUACUACCGUAAAACCACAGAUGGGCGUCUUCCAGUGAAAUGGAUGGCGUUUGAGGCUCUGUUUGACCGCGUGUAUACCACACAGAGUGACGUGUGGUCAUUUGGAAUAGUUGUAUGGGAAAUUAUUACAUUUGGCGGCACGCCAUACCCUGGAGUCCCAAUAGAGAAGCUCUGCAUGUUGCUCAACACGGGCUACAGGAUGGAGAGACCUGUGAAUUGCUCCAAAGAACUCUAUGAAAUAAUGAGGAACUGUUGGAAUGAGAACCCUGAAGCUCGCCCGACUUUUACUUCUCUGGUACAAGCAUUUGAUGACCUUGUGGCACUUUUAUCCGAUGAGGAAUACCUAGAGUUACAAGGGCCACUCCUCAGUCCGCUUUGUCCGAGAACUGCGUCAUCCGAACUCGCGCCGUUCGCACGCGACAACGCGUCAUCAGAGUUCACUAGCAGCUCCGAAAAUCUGACGAAGAGCGAGAAUUCUCUGAGUGUUCGAGACAGUAAAACAUCAGAGAACCUGCUGCCGUCGCUUAAAGAAGCCAGCGACACCGACAACGAGGAGGACCAUGAUGACGUCGCCUCUUAUUCAAACCUUAGGAAACCAGGCGAGCUACUAAGGCCUUUACUGUCAGAACAUAAGUCAUCAAGCAAGGGUUCAAUCGCGUCGGCACAAAACAGAUCCGAAGCUUUUUCUUCGAGUAAUAAUAAUAGCCCUAGUGUGUCGUUCCAGAAUCUUGGAUCAAGAGAAACGGGCGUAGACUUUGCUAAAAGCAGCAAUACAUCGUUAGCGGGCUCAAGGACCAGAUUGUCUCCCGUUGGAUCCUCUAACGAGGGUUCCUACGACUGCGAGAAGUCACAUGACGGAAUUAUCCAAUCGGGUGCGUCCUCUUCUAACGAUCUCAGUCGUUCCUACGCGUCUUCGCCACCUGAGGGGAUUCGCCAAUCAGCGUCAUCCUCGCCAAGUGACGCGAUGAACCAGCCAAUAGAAGUGUCGCCUUCAAAUGAAAGAAGGCAGCGGUUGCCUUCUGUCCAGACAGAAGUGUAAAGUGUAAAUAGUUAGAAGUAUUAGUAACUUUACAAUGAAAGUAUAUAUACAUAGAUAUUUAAAGUAUUUUACAAUAUCAGGGUUCUCUUGACACUGCUGAUUUGAGGCAACUGAAAAUAUACGUGGGUUUAUUUUUAAGAAUUCAUUCAAACCACAUUUGAGGGUGCGUACCAAUGCUUAGUAUGGGUCGUUGGUAACGUUUCAUGGGUUCGUACCAAUGCUUAGUCUGGGUCGUUGGUAACGUUUCAUGGGUUCGUACCAAUGCUUAGUAUGGGUCGUUGGUAACGUUUCAUGGGUUCGUACCAAUGCUUAGUAUGGGUCGUUGGUAACGUUUCAUGGGUUCGUACCAAUGCUUAGUAUGGGUCGUUGGUAACGUUUCAUGGGUUCGUACCAAUGCUUAGUAUGGGUCGUUGGUAACGCUUCAUGGGUUCGUACCAAUGCUUAGUAUGGGUCGUUGGUAACGUUUCAUAGGUUCGUACCAAUGCUUAUUAUGGGUCGUUGGUAACGUUUCAUGGAGAAAUGCGUGGCCCUUUCUCUCCACGGUCCAUGACAAAAGCACAAACUUUAUCCCGUCCUCUAUGCGCGGUUUUUGGGGUUAGUAUUACUGUCCUCGAAACCUUGCGCCAUAUUAGGCAAUGUUCAUACACUAUAGUUUCAAUGUUCAUACACUUUUGUUUUCAUAAUUUAGGCACGCGUGCAUGUUUCAUAUAUUACAUGGUAGCGACAGUAAGGUUAAUAUAAGAGAUUUUACGGUAUACGGUUUUGCAUCAAGUUGGGGGGGAGGUAGGCGUGUCCCCCUUUUAGGGGAAACAAAUUCACCUCCUCUGUAGAAAUAGUGGCCCGCUUGAGAAACCCUGGUUCCGCCUCUAGACUUUAUCUGCUGUAGUAUAAAAAAACCUCUCUGCUUUCACCUCUCAAAGUUGUGCUAGGGGUUGCGUUAUGUGUGUACAUGACGGUCGUAGAGUGUAUUAUUUAGCUUAAUGUAUAAGUAGUUAGCAAACGAAGCACAAAAUGAAAUGACAUAGUCUAUCUAGAAAAUAUGCAUUUCAGUCAUCUCUUGGUUACUUCUCUUUUAUAAAUUCUGACAAUACAAAAAAAGAUGAUAAAAUCGACUUUUGGGCGAAAAUGUCCGUUCAUCAAUUAUUUCCUUUUUUUAAUUAUUUUGUCUCGGGAUCUCUAAAUAGGAUGUCAUUCUCUGAUAUCUUAGCCCACCGCAUGAUAUACCAUGCCAUAUUAUCCACCUCACAACUCUGUGUUCCAAUCAUCAUGCAAAUUCCAAACAAUUCAUUCCAGCUUUAAAAAUCGCAAUUAAUCUGUGUCUCUGAAGACACUUACCAAAGGGACCAUGGCAAGUCUCACCCAGGCUAUCGAUAAGAGGCUUUUGGCGGGACAGAAAACCCUGGAACGCAGGGUAGUCUGUGAAGGGACCCUUAAACACACUUAAUACAAACCAUUAAAGCAGCAUUCAAUGUGAAUUUAAUUGUACAUAUAGAGUAGUUCUUAUAAAGAGAAACAGCAUAUUAAGUUCUAUCCAGAACAUACAAAAAUAUGAUUUGCCUAGCAAUAAAAAAUACUAGCAACUAAAA